AGAUAAUCCUCAGCAUGAAUCACCAUUUAAUUAUUCAGCAAAAACAGCCAAGGAAUUGUCUUCUUCGUGUGGAAAUCUUUCCUUUGUGCCAGGUAAGAAACUUUCACUAAGACAGGUCAUGAAUUCACAACAGAAAUUUUCAAAUCUUGCAGUUUUAAUAGAAGUUUCCUCCUCGACAAACAUGUCCAAUACUAUCGCAUUCAACGACUCGUGAAAUUCGAAAGUCGUGAUUCACGAGUCGUGGUUUAUAGCCAUUAGUAAGGCCUUCACAAUAUUCGUACGACUCGUUAAAUUCUUGGAAUUUCACGACUCGUCACAUUCAACAGCUUGUGAAAUUCGAAAAUUGUGAUUCACGACUUGUACUUUAGCCAUUAAAAUUAAUAAAACUAUGAAUUUCGUACGACUCGUUAAUAAUUAAACUAGUGAAAUUUCACGCCGCAAGUGACAUAAUAAAUUAUGAAUCUUCAUCUCAAAUAUAGCUAUAUGUUCAUUCCUCCUCUUCAAGACAAAAGUAACUCUUCAGUUGUAUGAAUAUCUGAAAUAUAUGUUCACUACACUCAUCAAUAUUAUGUAAAACACGCAGUGAUUUAAAAUGCACACUAUACACUCAUAUAAAUAUAAAUGUUAUGUAUUUCGUGAGUUUGUCUCGUUCUUUAAAAGAGACGCUCUUACACAUAUAAACACGCAGUGACUUUAAAAUGCACACUAUAUGCACUCAAAUAAAUAUAAAUGUUAGCUAUGUAUUUCAUGAGUUUGUUUUGAGUGCAAAGAGUUUCGCCAGACCAGGUAAAAACUUUCACUAAGAUGGCCGGUAAAAUAGGUCAUAAAGUAAAAGACGAAGCGUUAAGUUAAAGGCGAAACGUUACAAUAAAAAUUCUUUAAAAUCUUAACUGUUUUAAUGGCUUUGUUAAAAGUUAUAUGUUGUGUUCUCAUAUUUAUCACAAGAAUUCGUUCUGCGCCUGGCAAAUCUCUGGCAGGUCAGUUUUCAUAAGAUUUUCAAUUUUUUUUUUAUUUCCAGACGUAUAUCAGGCACUUCUACUUAUUUCAUGUUUACAACAGAAGUUUUCUAAUCUUGCAGUUCGGACAGGAGUUUCACAAUUUUUCUAAUUUUUUUAUAGUGAUGUACUAAAUUAACAAUUAACUUCCAUUAGGACGUUCUUUGCGUAGAUCAUACAGAUCACAAAAUGAAGAGCUUUAUCAUUCAGCGGAUAGAAUCACGACAUUGUCUUUUUCAAGUGAAAGUGUGUUCACAGCAAGCCAUGCGGGUAGAAACCGCAGCCUGCCGUAUUGGUCAUCAAAUGAAGACUUUUAUCAUGCAAGAGCCAAGGGAUUUUCUGUGUCAUCUGGAGAUUUUGGCCUCAGACCAGGUAAGAGAACAUUCACUUAAUUGAUUCAUAAAUUCACGG